AUGAUUGAUUGGUGCAAAGCCAACGGCCCGUCGCUAUUGAUUAUCGUGAGCGCCGUUUUGGGACUUUGUUUCGGGUUUAUAUUGAAGUCCGUAUUCACUAUAAGUCCCGUUGUGUUGACAUAUAUCGCACUUCCGGGCACUUUGAUUAUCAGAGCUUUCAUGAUGAUCAUUGUGCCCCUCAUUCUAGCAUCCCUGGCCACCAGCAUUACUGGCACAAAACGUGGUGAAAAUAAGCGCUUAAUUAUAUGGACAUUUGUUUUGAUUGUGGUAUUUUCGUCAUGUUGUUCAACAUUUGGCGCAAUUAUGGUCUCAAUUAUAAAACCCGGGGUCAGAAACAUGUCUGAGAUUGUGGCCAAUGAGGACAACCCCAGCGAUGGUCAACACUCCCACGAGUUUGAUAUCAAACAAAUGAUCUCAAGUCAAGACGAAAGCAUUUAUGAUGUGUUUAUGAAUCUAAUACCGGAUAACAUAAUAGCGGCCACAUUUACGACACACUACACAGCACUGGUAGCCCUCGACCCCCACAACCUGACCCUGGGUUACAAGAAAGUGUCCGAACGAGCCUUUAAGCCAAAUAUGUUGGGUUUGUGUGUAUUCUCACUAAUACUGGGUUUCGCUGUUUUACAUUUGGACUCAAAGGCAAACACUAUUCGCCAGUUAUUACACGAAACCAACGCUAUUUGCAUGAGAAUACUAUUGACAUUAAUCAGAAUAAUGCCAAUCGCUUUUGGUUCAUCAUCAAGCGCACUAACAUUACCAGUUACUAUGAAAUGUAUGGAAGAGAAAAAUAAACUAUCACAAACUGUGUCGCAGUUUGUAUUACCUUUGGCGAUGACCAUGCACAUGCCCGGUGCGGCCACAUAUUACCCCAUGGUUAGUUUGUUUGUGGCACAAAUGCACGGCAUGAUCAUCACGUUUCAGAUAACAAUCAGCCUGGUUAUAUUCUGCGUGAUUAUGUCUAUGGCACUACCAGUGAAGGCAUACGAACGGCGACUAAUAUCACCGGCGAUUCACGCUGGUGGGCCUGAAAUAGUAUCGGCCGCCCGAUCGCAGAUAGGGGUGCCGUACAGUUGGGGUGGCGGCAGUUGGAAAGGCAAGUCGUACGGCAUCGGCAAAGAGGCUCAUACUAUAGGCUUUGACUGCUCGGGUCUGGCCCAGUACGCCGUGUAUAAGGGUACCGGUAAAAUCAUCCAGCGCGUUGCCGACGCUCAAUACGCCGAUGGUAAAUGCAGCAAGGUUGCCUACUCGGCUCGUCGCCCUGGUGAUCUGGUGUUUUUCGGUAGCCCUCCCUAUCACGUGGGUAUUGUGGCCACCAAUACAAACAACAUGAUAAACGCGCCCAAAACGGGUGAUCACGUUAGAGAAGCAGCUAUUUACUCGACCAAUAGACAGGCUUAUGUUAAACGCUUACUCUCAAUAAUAAUUAAACUGAGUUCUUUGACCAUGCAACUAGAACGAAAUCCGGUGGGUUAUGAACAAAUAUAUCAUAAAGCUCCGUUAGCGAUGAUCCAGGUGGAAUUAAUCAAAUAA